AUGGUAAAUGUCUGUGAGGAACCCCCCCCAUCAGCAAAUUUAGUGUUCCUCAACAGGGCUAUUGAAGAAUCUGAUGGAAAGCUCAUUGAAGACAGCCUGAUUCCGCUGAGAUGUCACUUUACAACUACAUGAAAGUUGUUAAUUGAAGCCCCUGAAAUUCCUAAUUUAGAAAACAAAGUCUUGGAAGAGAUUCAGUUCCUGAACACCAAAUACAAUGUGGGAAUACACAAAGCCUAUGUGAAACACUUGAAAGGCCAGAAUGAGGAAGCCCUGGAGAGCUUAAAAGAUGCCAAAGAAACCCAGAAAGAACAUGCCAACCAAGCAGAUGUGAGAAGUCUGGUGACCUGGGGCAACUUUGCCUGGGUGUAUUACCACAUGGGCAGACUGGCAGAAGCCCAGACUUACCUGGACAAGGUGGAGAACACUUGCAAGAAGUUUGCAAAUCCUUCCCGCUAUAGAAUGCAGUGUCCAGAGAUGGACUGUAAGGAAGGAUGGGCCUCGCUGAAGUGUGGAGGAAAGAAUUAUGAACGGGCCAAGGCCUGCUUUGAAAAGGCUCUUGAAGUACACCCUGAAAACUCUGAAUUCUGUACUGGGUAUGCAAUUGCUGUCCAUCACCCGGAUGGCUUUAACACAGCAACAGAGAGGAAUGAGGCAUUGUCUCUGCACGCCCUAAAACGAGCUGUCAGGCUAAAUCCAGAUGAUGUACAUAUUAAGGUUCUCCUUGCCCUGUAGCUUCAGGAUGAAGGACAGGAAGCUGAAGGAGAAAAGUACAUUGAAGAAGCUCUGACCAGUAUGUCUUCACAGACCUAUGUCUUUCGAUAUGCAGCCAAAUUUUACCGAAGAAAAGGCCCUGUGGAUAAAGUUCUUCAGCUCUUAAAAAUGGCCUUGCAGGCAACACCCACUUCUGCCUUGCUGUGUCACCAAAUGGGGCUUUGCUACAAGGCACAAAUGAUCCAAAUCAAGGAAGCUACAAACAGGCAGCCUAGAGGGCAAGAUAGGGAAAAUGUGGACAGAUUGGUUUGAUUGGCUAUAUGCAAAUUUGAAAAGACUAUAAUGUUAAAGCCCACAUUUGAGUUAGCCUGUGUGGACCUAGCUGAAAUGUAUGCAGAAGUGGGCCACCACAGAAAGGCUGAGGACAUUUUUUAGAAAGUGCUAUGCGCGAAGAUCGUUGACGAUCACAAAAAGCAAGAGAUUCAUUACCCCUACAGCUCUUUCCAAGAACAUCAUGGGAAAUCUGAAAAUAAAGCAAUCACCCAUUAUUUAAAAGGUUUGAAAACAGAAAAUAUGUCCUAUUCCAGGGAAAAACUUCUCAAUGCUUUAGAGAAAUUGGCUAAGAGACACGUUCACCGGAAUGUACGGGCUGUGGAAAGUUUCAGUCUCCUUGGGCUCAUCCACAAAUUGAAGGGAGAAGUAAGUGACGCCUUCCUGUGCUAUAAGAGAGCUCUGAGGCUGACUGCUGACCUGAACCCUAUGUUUUGA